GAGUCUGCGCCAACAAAAGUGAUAGCAUUUGUUAAUCUUAAAGUUGUGCACAGCAAAAAGAAAUCAAAUCUAAGCAAAAGUUACCUGAUACACCUGCUAAAAUAUUCAAAAGCAAGUGCCUAGUGCUAGCCGCCGCCGUCGUAGUCGUCGUCGUCGUCGUCGUCGUCGGCAACUCUCAAUUGCGGUUGGUCGCGUCUUUCGUUUCGUCGUAGUGCGCCAGCUGCUUUCAUCCUGGCCACAUCAAUAUGUGUGUUAACUUCAAACUUAAAGUCAAGUUCGCGUGCCGGGCUUGAACUGCUGCCUGCUCAAUAGAGCUCAAGUGCUAAAGCAAAACGCGUGCAACAUUGCGGCGCAUUGAGUAACAGACACCAACACACACACAUACACACACACACACACACACACACACAAAUGUGUUGCAGCAACGGUAAACGCUCGUUAUAGCGUUGAGCAUAUACUUGGAAGUGUUACGAAAAAAAAGCAAAAUAUAUAAGCAAAGUGCAAGUGCAACUGCAACUUGCAACAGCAACAGCAGCAGCAGCAGCAAUAUGGCAUUGAAAUUGCAAACACAAGCUGAAGACAAAGUGCCGCAAUUACAACAACAGCAACAAAUACACAGAAAAUGGCAACAACAUGCCACAAAGCGGCGACGACACAACAGCAGCAACAGCAACAACAACAACAACAAUUGCCGGCAACAACGGAAACAGCGUCAGCAGCAAUCACAUUGGAUUAAACAUGCGCAACUGCUCUGCUUUGCGCUGCUGACGCUGACGCUGACGCUGCCGCUGGGGUCUGAGGCACAACAGCAAAAGUUUCGCACGGUGCCACACGAUAUGCAAGUGCUGGAGGGAUCGGAGGCAAUGAUGCGCUGCGAGGUGGCAAAUGUGGCGGGCGCUGUGCAGUGGACCAAGGAUGGCUUCGCUUUGGGCUUCGAGGCGGUCAUACCGGGAUUUCCACGCUACUCAGUGCUGGGCGAUCGUCGCCAGGGCGUCUAUAAUCUGCGCAUUUCGAAUGCAUCGAUCAACGAUGAUGCCGAGUAUCAGUGUCAGGUGGGGCCGGCGCGUCUCAACUCCGCAAUACGUGCGAAUGCCAAGCUGACAGUCAUAUCGCCACCAUCAUCGAUCGAGAUCAAGGGCUACAGCCACAACUCCAAGGUGGAAGUGCGUGAGAAUCAGGAUCUAAGUCUCAAAUGCAUUGUGGCAAAUGCAAAGCCAGCAGCGCAAAUUGUUUGGUAUCGCGGCAAUGUGGAGUACAAGCCAGAUAAACGCGAUGAUAAAGUCGAGGAAUCCACGCCCAAGCGUUAUACCACCAGUUCCAGCCUGAAGCUCAAGCCCGGACCUGAUGAUGACUACACAGAGUACACCUGCCAGGCGAAGCACAAGGCUCUAUCUCCCGACAUGCCCAUGCGUAACACCGUGCAACUGUCUGUGUUGUAUCCACCCGGACCACCCUACAUUGAAGGCUAUGCGCCGGGCGAGACGCUACGUCGAGGUCAAACCGUGGAGCUUACUUGUCGCAGUCGCGGCGGCAAUCCACCGGCACAGCUUAUCUGGUAUAAGAACGGCUCACAAAUACGCAUGGCAUACAGAACUUCUGGGCGACUGUCGGAGAAUAUUUACAGCUUCACCGCCGAGGCGGGGGACAACAAGGCGCGUUUCCGCUGUGAGGCAAGCAAUGUGAUGUCGCAGACGCCGCUCAAGACGGAAGUGGAGCUCUCAGUGCUAUUCGCACCUUCACAAGUCACUGUAACGGGCCCAACGGAGGCGCGCGUGGGCGAUGUGGUGCCCUUGACGUGCAGCACAGCGCCAUCGAAUCCACCCGCUGAGAUCAAGUGGAUGGUGGGCGGCCGACAGAUACACAAUGCCACCACCAAGACAACCAUCAGCCCCGAAGGCGGCUGGACAACAAGCUCCAACUUCAGCACCACUGUGGAGCCCAACAAGCGCUCACUUGUGGUCAUCUGUCAUGGCCUGAACAUGCAGCUGACUGAAAAUGUUGUCUCCACGCACACGAUUAACGUACUAUAUCCACCCGCGCCGCCAUUAAUUUCGGGCUACAUGGAAGGACAAAUUAUUCCAGCUGGAUCCGUGCAAAAACUGCUCUGUGUCUCAUCAGGCGGCAAUCCGCUGGCAUCGCUAAUAUGGUACAAAAACGACAAGCGGAUCAACUCCAUCAUUCGGGCCGCAGACAAAUCGGUGUCUGCCGAAAUAACCAUACUGGCCAAUGUGACAGACAAUCAGGCGCAGUACCGCUGCGAGGCCUCCAAUAGUGCCACCGAAAUACCGUUAUUCGAGUCCACAACGCUCAGCGUGCACUUUGCGCCAGAGACGGUGAAAAUACGCAUUGAACCGGAAGAGCUGCGACCUGGCAUGGAGGCAACCGUCAUUUGUGACUCGAGCUCGAGCAAUCCGCCAGCGAAGCUGUCCUGGUGGAAGGAUGGCAUCGCCAUUGAAGGCAUUAAUAAUACGUCCAAGGCAGGCCUCUGGGGCGGCAUGGUGUCCACGCUGGAGUUCAGGGUAAACAUCACACAGGAAAUGAACGGUGUGGUCUACACAUGCCAAAGCGCCAACGAAGCGCUGCAGCGCAGUGUCCAUGAGGCAAUCAGCCUCAAUGUGCUCUAUCGGCCCAAGUUUGUGCCGCCGCCAUCGUGGACUUCGGUUGGUUUGGAGGGCGAAUCGCUGCUGGUGCCGCUGCAGGCGAAUGCCAAUCCCAGCAGCAUCAGCUACAGCUGGACCAAGCAGGGCGUUGCCAUACCCCAGGAGCCGGGCGAGCAUCGCAUCUUUGCCGCCGGCGCCACGCUCAACUUCACCAAGCUGCAUCGCGAUGAUGCCGGCAGCUACGUCUGCGUUGCCAGCAAUUCCCAGGGCAAGGCGAACAUCAACAUCACUGUCGUUGUCGAGUAUGGUGCCGCCAUCAAAUCUGUGUCGGAGCAUAUUAUUGUGAAUCCUGGCGAGGAUGCGCUGCUGAGCUGCAGCGUGGAGGGCAAGCCGCUGCUGGAGGAGCACGUCAAGUGGGAGCGCGUCAACUACGACAUGAAAGUGAAGACCAACACAACAUUCACCAAUGGCACCGCCUAUUUACACAUAAGCAACGCGCAGCGUGAGGAUGUGGGCAACUUUCGCUGCGUGGCGGACAAUCAUGUGGCCAAUCCCACCAGCCGCGAUGUGCUGCUCAUAGUCAAAUUUGCGCCCGAAAUAGCAAAGGCGCCAACGCUGCUGCGUGCGGCAAGCGGCACGGGCGAGCAGGGCCGACUGCCAUGUCGUGCGCAGGGCUCGCCAAAGCCGCAGUUCAUCUGGCGGCAGGACAAGCUGGAGCUGCCCAUCAAUCGCACCGACAAGUACGAAGUGGAGGAGCGUAAAAUUGAUUCGCUCACAUACGAGUCGACGCUGAAGGUGGCCAAGGUGGCGCCCGCCGACUACGGCGGUUACGAGUGUGUGGCACGCAACGACUUGGGCGAGGAUGUGCAGACGGUGCGGCUGGACAUCACCUCGCCGCCGGAGACGCCGCUCAGCCUCAAUAUACUGAAUGUAACGCAUGACACGGUGACUGUGGCCUGGACGCCUGGAUUUGAUGGCGGCCUCAAGGCUUCGUAUCGCGUGCGUUAUCGCAUGGUCGACCGCGAGCAGUACAAAUACGUGGAUGGGCUGCCCAACAGCCACAAGCUGACCAUUGGCGGUCUACGCAUGAACACGCUCUAUCUCUUCUCGGUUAUGUCGCGCAACGAUUUGGGCAACAGCAACUAUCUGCCGGAUCUGGCGCGCGCCCAGACCAAAGAGGCGCCGCCGCCAUCGCAGCCAGCAUCGUCGCUGGGCGGCGGACCGCCCACCACCAGCCAAACACCGCUGGGCGGCACAUCGGGCAUGUUGCUGGUUGGCGUUGCCGCCGGCAUCAGCGUGGUGCUGCUCAAUGUGUUUGUCAUCGGCUGUUGCCUGCACAAGCGCAACGAGAAGCGUCUCAAGCGAGGACUUGAAUUGCUGCCAGCUGAGCUAAGCGAGGACUCCAGCAAUACCUCCAACCUGGUUAUAAUUGGCAUCUCCUUGGCGGCCUUUGGUUUCCUCUUGGUCAAUGCGGCGCUAGUUGCCUGGUUUAUUGUUCAUCAGCGUCGCAAAAAAGUGUCGGAAACUACAAAUCAACCAGGCAAAACGGCAACCAUCGAAAUGUACGCGCCCAGCUCGUACAAUGACACCGUCACCGGCGAGACGCUGUCCAGCGUGUCCGAGAAGAGCGAGUCCUACUCCAAUGAGGGCAGUCAACCGGAAUAUAUUGAUGAGGCGCGCAAAAAAGCAGCGUCCACAUAUCUGGUGGAGAAUGCGGAUAUGCCGCCGCCCAGAUACCAAAAGGAUGGCACUUUGCCAGCGCUAUAUCCAAAUAAUAUGGUGAACGCCUGCACGCUGCCACAUCCGAGGCACAACAAUGGGCAUGUUGUAGCCGCUGCUGUAUCGCGCGACGAUCAGAUGCUCAUCAGCAAGGGCGUUUAUAUGCCGUCGCCAUCGCCAGCGCCGCCGCCAGAUGGCAGCUACUAUAACAUGAAUAGCGAUAGAUACUUGUCCUAUCCGCCAAUGGAAUAUCCGGGCGCGCUCGACUUUGGCGGCGCGGUGCCUUUGCCGCUAACGCAUCUGCAGCCCAUGCCGCUGACUGUGACCUCGCUGGCCAGCAAUGGCGGCGCCACGCUGCUGGGCAAUGGCGUGGGCGUGGGCGUGGGCAUGAGCAUGGGCGGCGGUUCCGGCACCUUGCGACGCGGCAUAUUGCGCGGCGUUGUGGGCGUGCCACCGCCCGAUGUAACGCAUCACACCAAUGCCAAUGGCAGUCCAUUGCAAAUGCUGCAUGAUUUGCAUCCGGUGAAUCUAAGCGCCAGCACAUUAACCACCAGCACUACGCUUAAUGGCAGCAUGACGACUGCGCUGCCGCUGGCAACAGCAACGCUGCCGCGUCAGCCACAUGGUAUACUCAAGGAUCCCAAUCGCAACAAGCAGCAGCAGCAGCAGCAGCAGCAGCAGCAACAGCUGCUAAAUGCUAGUCUAGUGGGCGUGCCUGUGUCAGCGCCCAUGGGCAGUUUGCAAAUACUCAAUUUGCCCGCAACGAGCAUGGGACUGGGCAGUAAUCUGUUAAUGACAACUAGCGCCACCUAUGACCCGGCGACGUUAAGCAGCUUCAAUGCCAGCGGCGGCGCUGGCGUGCCCGUUGCCUAUACAGACGCCGAUGGGCAUCUUGUAUAGCUGUAGGCGCUGACUGGGACCGUCGCCAGCAGCAGCAGCAACAACACAACGGAGUCCCGGUACUAAAGCAGCAAAUUAACUAUUUACAUACAAACACACACACAUACAUACUUAUAUAUAUUUAAAUGUAUGCAACGCUCUUAGCUAGUAGCUUUACCCUCUUUACUUUUGCGCGUUGACUAGACGUGUACUCGAGGCUAUUACCUUAUUCAAAUCAGCAGCGAAGAAGAAAACGGAAUUAGUUUAUGUAAAUUUGAAAUUCACACACAUUGAGCUAUUUGUUUAGAUAAAACACAAGCGCCAGAGGAUUUGCGUUUGCGCUAAUUAGGCAGCCAUAACAAAGGAGCGCGCGCGUUGGUCAAAAAAUUUUUGGUAAAUUAGUUGAGUUUCGAAAGUAAGUCAGCUGCACAAAGAGUAGCGAGGCGCAGCCAGUUGACAGCUCCCUGGGGCGUGCUACGGCCUCAAGUCGAUGGGCACGUGAUUGCGCGCCCCACACUCAAACAAAAAUUGCAAAACUUUAACAGUUGACAGCGAAAAAGUUACAGCUAGCGAUUAGUUUUGGCGCUACAGUUUUUAGCUCUAGCAAAAAUACAUUUGACGCUUGCCACGCCCAUGCCGCCUGUGUGCAGCUGAUGCUGUUAAGACAUUAUGUGCAGGCCAUAUUCAAAGUCUGCUGCUGGCUGCGGUAUUGCGAUCUAGACACUCCCUCAUGCCAAUCUUAAGUGUUUGCCGCACAUUUGCUUAGCUCGUCGCAGCUCAGCGAGCGUGACAUGCCCAUCUUGGCUACGCCAUUAACUUCUGUAUGCUGUAGCUGUAGCUGCUGCUGCUGCUGUUGGCCGCGCUGGAGCACAUCAUGACAAUUCUAUUAUGUAGCAUCAAUGCCAGCAGCAACGCACAGACGUUGCCAAGGACAAAAAGAAGACAACUACUUACAUGCCACAUGCAUAAAUGUGUAUGUGUGUGUGUGUGUGUGUGUGUGCAUUUAAUAUUCAUUGAGCUGUAAUUACCAAGUGCUAGCUUUUGACUGUCUCUAAUGCAGCGUCAAAUAAACGAAACGCAGCAACCCACACACACUCGCUUGGCUUAUCAGCUCAGCCACUUAAGACGCACACACACACACACACGCAAUAGAAACAUACAAGUCACCACUGGCGCUGUAAUUAAAAAUUAAAUUAUUUUCAAAAGCCACACACUCCAACGCAGCAGCAGCCAAGACAAGUAAAGCGCAUGCAAUGGAAAAAGCUUGUAGCUGUAUUUACACACACACACACACACACACACACACACGAGUGCGCGCACACAUGCACACGUAUGCAUAUUUAUCAGCUAAAGGGCCCGCAGCUUGUGGCAGUCACGCCCACACGCCCACGUGCUUGGACUGAAAUUGCUUUGUGUGGCGGCAUCAGCUCUUUCUUCGCUGGGAUUUCCGCUAUUGAAUAAUUGUGAUUGCUGCGCAGAUAAAUGUUAAAUGAGCAGGAAAAUAAGUUAAAUUAUAAUGGCAAGCGACAUAAGCGAAAAAUCUGUUGCUGCAGCCCAUUUAAACUUAUUAGUAAAGUGAUUAAUUAUGCAUGCACUUGUGUCUGGCAAUGCACUAAUAAGUUAUCGAUAGCGCAGCGUUGCCACCUAACGAUAAGCAAACUGCAAUUCAAGUACACGUCUAGGCUUUGGACAGUUUGCUUAACAUUUGUAGCUCUGUUAGACUGGGGCUGGGGCUAUUAACAUAAAAUUCAUAGGCAUAGAUAGCUAAGCGAACUAAUUAAAUGUUUAAAGCAGCAGCGAAAUAUGCCAAAAUUAAAAAUGUACAAUAAAAAGCUUAACUUGAAAUAGCAAACAAAACAAGAACGAUACAUAAAUUAUGUAAAAGGACAAAUGCAGGUACUCUAUAUAGUUAAACACACACACACACACACACACAGACAGUCAUAAAUGAAUUAACAUACAUGAGAAUUAGUUGUAAAAGUAGAAUAAAUUUCGCAUCUCGUAAUUAUAGUAAUCACACACACGCCCUCACACACACACACACAUACAAACUGCGUGUGUGUAUUAAUCCGUUCUAGGCUAUAAGCGACACACACACUAGCAACGCGUCUUCAAAGUGUCCCAAAUUAUACUAAAAACAUAUAUCGCUGUUUUUAAAUAUAACAAAUUUCAUUGCACUUAAUAAAUCUACAAAACAUAUGUAUGCUAUAUAACUCGAUAAAUUCUCUCUAUUAAAAGUUAAGCGUGCGUGUGUGUAUAGAUUUUUAUACAAACAAAAAAAAAUACUUAAAUGUCUUCCCCGCAAAAUAGAAAAUACUUUAUGUUGCGUACGAAAAGCAAAAAACAAAAAACAAAUUGUGUUUGUGCACAAACAAAAAAAGAACAAGAGAUUUAUGUUAAAGUUUAAUUCAUUUUCCAUGUGCAGUCUCGGACAUGUGUGUUUUGUAUGUAAUUAUUUAGUUUUAAUGCUAACAUAUGAAAUGGGGGAAACUUUAAUAAGACUUAAAUGAAUAUGCGUUAAAUGAUUUAAACCUAAGCUAAGUUAUUUGUAUUAUAUAUGUGUAACUCUUAUUGAAAGCAUGGCCAAAGAGAUUUGUUAACAAACAAAGCAACACACACACAAUUAAUUAACAAUGUUCUACACUCAAUUGCCUUCUAUGAUUUUAUCUAACUCAAUUCUUGCUGUAGGCCAAAUUAAUUGAUUUUUUAAAAUGCUCUUGUUAAUAUGCGUAUAAUAUAUAAUAUAUAUAUAGUUAAAAAAAAAACAGCAGCAAGCUAACAAAUGCGAGUAACACAGACAGACAAGACUUGAAUACUGAAUUUAGGCUAAACAUAAUUCAAUCUAACGCAACGUAAUUAGUAAUAAAAGUUAUGUGUAUAAAACAACAAAAAUAUAUAUUAACAAAUGCGAAAUUAACUAUUGUGAAUGUUUUUAUUGAGUUAGUUUAUGUAGCAAACUUAAAAUGCAUAUUAAGUGUACAGAGGCAGAGCGGCAACAA